UAGCUAAGGUGCAUUUUGCUCUCUGAACCAGCAAAUCCUGAGGUGUGACAACCCAAUAAAUGAGUAAUAGUCUUUUACCAGCUGUGUGGAAGGAGAAUGCAGAGAAGUGGAGAGGAGAGAUACAGUGCACAGCCCUUUGAUGCUAAGGUGAAAACUUCUUUUUGUCGUCAGCACUGACACCUCCUUCACUGACACCACCACAUCAGCUCCUGGACAGACGGAGAGCCCAACAGCUAGUCUGUCUGACAACAGCAACAGGGUUCAGUGUGAGAUGAGAACAGGGAUUUAACUCCAGCUAUGUUGAAGCAACGUGUUAUGAAGGUGAGGAAUGCCCUGGUGCGAGAGUGCUUGGCUGAGUUCUUGGGAACAUUUGUAUUGCUGCUUUUUGGCUGCGCUGCUGCAGCCCAGGUGAAGACAAGCAGAGAGACCAAAGGCCAGUUCCUGUCAGUCAACAUGGCCUUCUCUGUGGGUGUGAUGUCAGCUAUGUACCUCACCAAGGGUAUCUCAGGUGCUCAUCUGAACCCAGCGGUGACUCUGAGCUUCUGUGUGUUAGGCCAAGUGCCCUGGGGAAGUCUGUUGCCCUACUGCCUCUCCCAGAUGCUUGGGGCGUACAUGGCGUCAGGGCUUGUCUACCUGGUCUACUAUGAUGCUAUAAUGGAGUUUAGUGGAGGACUACUGACUGUGUACGGCCCAAACGAGACAGCGUCUAUUUUUGCCACAUACCCCUCAGAGUACAUGACUUUGAGCAGAAGUUUCCUUGACCAAGUAGUGGGCACCGGCAUGCUGAUGUUGUGCAUCCUGUGUUUGGGUGAAAAGAGGAAUACUCCGGCUCCCUCUGAUCUGCUUCCUCCUAUAGUGGCAGUGAUUGUCUUGGGGAUUUCCAUGUCAAUGUCAGCUAACUGUGGUGGUGCAAUAAAUCCUGCUCGGGACCUGGGGCCACGCCUCUUUACACUGACGGCAGGCUGGGGCACUGAGGUUUUCACGUGUUACAACUACUGGUUCUGGGUACCCGUGGUGGCCCCACUUAUUGGGGGUGUUAUAGGUACUUUCAUGUAUUUGGUCUUCAUCGACUGGCACCUGCCUGACCCAGACCUCCCUGAGAGCCUCUCCACUCUCUCCACCAUCAGUGACAAAAUAAAGCAGCCCAGCACCACGUGGGACAACGGAGUAGAGUUAAAGGCUGCAAAUUUUUAAGUGUUACUGUAUAAUGUGCUUUUUUAGACAGUAAUCUGGCUGUGAGAAAGAAGAAGCGAAUAUCUGAGCUUAGCCACUGUGAAGAUGUGCGCAAAUCUCUGAAAUAACAGGAAUAUCUUUUAUUAUACUGCAUGAGCUCUAGUGAGCUUUUAAUCACAGCUAGUAGGGCUGGAGGCAGCUGAAAGAGAUAUUGAUUGUUGUGUGAUAACGCUGUUUACAUUGAUGUCUGUAUUCUUUAGAAUAUUAAUUUAUUCUUGGUUAUAUUACUGAGCUGUAUAUACUUUUUUAUGAAAUGUCAUAAUGAAUAUUGAGCAUAUGUUAAGUUGAUUUAAUUAAAAUUUAAAACAUCAGAGUCACUCUUAAUUACAAUUCUAGUUAUUAUUUUUACAUACUAAACCUGAAAACUGCUCUUUUUGCUGCUGAAUUGUUUAAACAUUGUGGCAUUUUAUUUUUUUCUCGAA